AAUGUGAUCUAAGGUUCACACAUACAUGGACAUUAAUUGUAUUUGUCUGUCGUCUAUGACCAUGAUCCACGACAGACCUUCAAGAUUUCAAGUCUGCAAGUUGUCUCUGGCGCAAAACCGGAAUCAGCGAUUUGGUGCCAAAAAUCAUUAUGACCAAAAAUUAUUGCUAAGACCAUAAAUUAUGCUUUGUGAUUAAAACCUAUGGUUCGUUUUAGUCAAAAUUAUUCCAAACAACCCAAUCGUUUAAAAUUUAUCAAGAUAAUCAGAAUUUGAUAUUUCGUACCUGUCGAUUAAGUUGGCAAACCCUUUCCGACACUUUUACAUUGUACCGCUUGUUCAUCUCUUUCGCGCUCACUCUAUUAUAGCCUCAUCUUAUCUCUCUUUUAUUUGGGCCUCGUGACUCGAUUGUCGUUUAUUUUUGUUGUCUCGUUUUCUUUUAAAUUUUAAUCACUGAUUACCGCCACCACCGGUGUAAAUGUUUGAUACUGUGAUAGCAGCAGUAGAAUAGAAUGAGAACUAACGAAAUAAGUCCGGUCUUUCAGGUCUUUGAUUGUUAUUUGUUAGGCUUGUGUUACAGUAUAGUUAUGAAUUACAUCAUUAUUUGCCUAAAUUAACAUUCAAAUUUGUAAUUUUUCAUCUUUGUUAGUUAUUAUAAUAUUCUCCAUAAAAACGCUUAACAAAUUUUGGCCAUUACAUCUUCGCCUUUAAUGGUUUUGACCUGUUAAUACUUGCAAAUUAAGAUAAUUGGUUAAACGUUUUCUUACGUUUAUCUUUAUUUUGGACGAACAUGUGGAUUUCGGUAUUUAAACGCAUGCUUUUCUUCUGACUUUCUUGUCGGUGUUAUAUUUCUCAGCUGUGAUUGUAAUAACCGCAUGAAACUAAAUUGGACUUUUCAUUACAAAAAUUUUAUUUUCAUUUAGUGCUGGUGUGAAAUUUAAACUUCAAUCAUGAGCCCAAGUAAUAGUAAAUUGUCAACAAGUUGUGAGUCAACAUCAUACAUUCAAAAUAAAAAUGGAAAAAGGACAUUUUUAACAUCAAAUAAUUAUGUAACUGAUGACAUUUAUUAUAAAAAAAAAAAACCUAUUAAACAUUCUCAAGUAGAUAUAAAUAGUGCAGUCCUAUCAUCAACCAAUGGUUAUAUGACAAGAAACAAAUUAAAUAAACAACUAACUAAUAGCAAUGAAUUAAUAGAAACAACUGCCAAAGAACAUAAAGGUUCCAGAACUGACAAUAUUGGUAGUAAACGAAAGAAAGCUUGUAGAAAUAGAAAACCUUCAAGACAAAUCUCUAAAAAGAAACUCCAACUUGGUUAUGUUUUUAGUAAUGAUAUUUCUUGUUUAUAUCCUGGAAAACAACUAAAUACCGAGUACAAGAAAAAUACUCCUUCAUUAUUUGAAUCAGAUUCUGAUACAGGAAUUGAUGAUUUUCAGUUAAAUGAUGUUAUAAAAAAUGAAGUUGAAGAAAUAUCCCCUUAUAUUUCUAAUUCUGAUAAUUUAUGUUCUACAUUUAACAAAAAUACGGAAAUGAGAACUUAUUUUAACAAAAAAUCAUAUUGUUUUAACAAUAAGUCUAAUAUUAAAUCUUUGAAUGCAUUUGAGGAAAGUAAUCGAGAAUCGUCAAGAUUAGAUAAAAUGGUUUAUGAUUCUAAAGUGUGUAAAAGCAUUUCUCAUAAUGACAGUACAACCAAUAAAUCAUUGAAAGACACAGGUCAAUCAGCAAAUGAAUAUGUGCAUACAAUCACCGAGGAUGAUGAAAUUAUUGUUGUUACUGAAUCAUUUAUAAGGCAAUUAAAUAAUGAAGAUCAAACAAUAAAAACAGAAUCUCAAGAGUCACAUAAAGAAAAUGAAGUGGUAUCUAAAGUACUCUCCACAGAUUAUGAAUUAAACAAAAAUAAUGUGUGCACUUUUGAUACUAAUAUUGACAAUAUAUGUAAUAUAAACUAUAAUUCAUCAAUUUGUUCUGAUUUUUUACCAAAACAAGAUAUGGAUAAUAUUAAUAAAUCAGACAAUUAUACACCAUCACCAUUUAAAACCACUAAUAUUGUUGAAAAUAGCUUAAUGAGUAUUUUUGAUGAACCUGAAGAGAACAUACUAGUUGAUAGUUAUACUAAUUUAAAUGAUAACUUAAUUAAUUAUUUGGAUUCUAACUCUCCAACUAGUAUUUCAGAAAAAAUAACUGAACUAAAUAGUUCUCAGACUUUCGAGUUAGAUAAUAGUAAUUCAGAUCAAUCUAUAGAAAAUCACCCAAUGUCUGAAAAUAAUGUGUUGAAAGAAGAAAAUAUCCCUUGCCAUAUUCCUCUAAAUCAGAUUGAAUCUAAUUCAAUCAAUGAUCAGUAUUUUCAUUCAGUAAUUAAAGACAAAGUAAAAAUAAAUUCUAACUCUUUUAAUAGUAAAAUAAAUCAUAGUUGUUUACUCAAAGAUGACAAUUUAAAUCCUAAAAAAGAUGGUUGUUCAAAAAUAAUUAAAAAUCUUGAUUCAAAAUGCUAUUGUAAAAAUUUUUCUAAUGUUUAUGAAAAAUCUGACAAUUAUAAUAAGAAAAAUAUAAUUGAUAAUGCUUCUACUUCAAAUAAUACAAAAACAAAAUAUCCGAUUUUUCUUAACCCAUGUGAUGAAAAUGAUAUCAACUCUAAUAAAAAUAAAAUAAUUGAUGAUGCAAAUAUAUCAAAUAGUACUACAAAAAAUAAACCAAUUAAUUUUGAAAAUGAUGAUAACUUAAAUAAAAACAAAAUUGUUAAUGAUACUACAUCAAAUAAUACUACAAAAAAUAAAUCAAUCAAUUCUAAAGAUUAUGAUGACAAUCAGGUCAACUUAAAUAAAAAUAAAAUAAUUGAUGAUGCUUCUACGUUAAAUACUACUACAACAACAAAAUUAGUCAACUUAAUACCUUGUGACGAAAAUUAUGUUUAUUUUAAUAAAAACAAAAUAAAUGAUGAUGCUAAUAUAUCAAAUAGUACAACAAAUAAUAAACCAAUUGAUUUUGAAAACAGUAUAAACUUAGAUAAAAACAAAAUCAUUGAUAAUAUUUCUAUGUCAAAUAGUACAACAAAUAGUAAACCAGUUAAUCAUAAACCUUGUGAACAAAAUUAUAUCCAUCAUAAUAAAAACAAAAUAACUGAUAAUGUCUCUUUGCUAAAUAAUUCAAAAAAUAAUAUGUCAUUUAAUCAUGAAUCUUUUAAUGAAAAUUAUGUCAAUUUUAAUAAAAACAAAAUAAAUUAUGCAACAAAUAACAAAAAAAAUUAUUUUGAUUUAGACAGUCUUUGUAAUUCUCAUAUAGUAGAUGCUAAAAUUGAUUCUAAAAAUAAAAUUGAAGUUGAAGAUAAUUUUAACUAUAAUACUGCUGAUAUAAAAUAUGAUUUAAAAACUGAAAAUUUUCCUGGCCUUGAAAUAAACCCAUUUGACAUCUGUCAUUUAAGUGAUAACACUGAUAAAAUAAAUGAAAACAAUGAUUCUAAAAAAGAGUUUAUAAUGGCUGAAGUAAAAAGUAAUAAUAUUCAAUCAGAAAAUGUUUUAUCAUCAGCCAAUACAAAUAUCAACCAUGAAUUAUCUCAAACAAAAAUAACUAAUAUUUCAAAAGAUGAAAAUAAACCAGUUCCUGCAUUAAUUGUAAAUGAAAAAGAAACAAAUAAACAAACAAUAUUUGAACCACCUCAAUACAAAAACCUUUUUGAUUUAAGUGAUACCAUUGGUUUUAAAGUAGAUCAAAUUUGUCCAAUGUUACAAGAUAUACCUAAAAAUGAUGUGCUCAUUAAUAAUUUAUUUGACCUAUCUACUGAUGAUAUUGCUUUCUCAUUAAAUAAUAACAGUCUCAAUGAUGAUGAUGAUGAUGAUGAUGAUGAUAGAUUACUGAUUGAAGACGUUGAUGACAACGUUAAUCAAAUUUCGACUUCUAUCCUUAAAUUAGCUAAUAGCUCAAACAAUGAAAAAACAAUAAACUGUUCAACUGAUAAAUCUUCAACUGAGAGUAUGAAUUUUACAGCGGAAAUGGAACUUUGUGAAAACAAAUUAAUGAAUCCAAUAAAGAAACAAUUUUCUGAAAUAAAUAGCUUCAAAAAUGAAAAAAUGUUAAACAUUAUUUUACCGGAAGAAAAAUGUAAUCUAUCUAAUAAUAAUUGUGAAAAUGCUUGUUUAUUAAAAGAAGAAAAUAAUUCUUUAGAUAAUUGCAUGUCUAUUGAAAUGUGCAAUGAAUUUUAUAAAAUUAAAUCAUUAAAUAAAAACAUUAUUAAUAAAAAUGAAUCUUUACCAAAGAAUAUCAAAGAUAUAUUGAAAGAAAUGUACGUUGAUGAAUUAUUUAUAUCCAAUUGUCAACAUAUGAUAGAUUUUUAUAAUGAUGGUGAUCAAUUAAAAAAUGAUUUACUUUUUCAUAGUGAUGAAUAUCAAAACAUACAAUCUGAGAAAUUAGUCAGUGACGUUAUAAAUGAAAAUGUUGAAAAAAAUAAAAAUUCUAAUUUUAACCAAUCAAUUCCAACCAAUGUUCCUAUAUGUUGGAAAACAGAAUUAAAUGAUGGAAACCAAGAAACUAAUAAACUUAAUAACCCAACUAUUAUUGAGAAUUCUGUUUUUGUGCAAAAAUUAAAUGGUGUAAAAAACAUAAAUCCAGAAUUAAAGCAAUCAAAUUCAACCAAAGAAGAAACAAUAUCAAAAUCAGAAAUUAAUAACUAUAACCAACAAAAAAAACACUCUAUUCCUGCCAUUAAAACACAAAAAAGUAAUUCUUUACAGAUACCUAAAAAUGUUAAAAGUAAUAUGAAAAUCAGGAUUCACUUGAGAGAAUUCAUAUUAUCAAAUAAACCACUUAAUGAUAUUUUAGAAUCCAAAGAAUUCAGAAAUUUAAGAUUUUUUGGUGAAGAAGAAAUUGCAAGUUCAAUUGGUGUUUUUCUUUUUGAACAAUUAAUUGGUCCACCAAUAAUAAAUGGAUUGUCUGUCUAUAGAGAAAAUUAUGAUAAAUUAAAAAAUGAAGAGAAAAAUAAAAUAUUGGCAUCUACAAAUUUAAAUAUAUUUUGUCCACAAAUAAUGAAACUAACCUCAAUCACUCUAGCAUUGGUAAAAAUGUUGAGAAGUGAUACAUUAAUUGAAGUUAUUUUAAAUGUUAUUCGAAAAAAUGUGUUUAAGAGGCAAAUGAAUAUUGAUCAUAAAAUUGAUGAUCAAUUAAUAAAACAAACAGUAUACUUUAUUGACAUUUGUGUUAGGUUAAGAAUGCUGAAAACUCUUCAAAUAUUUAUUUUUGAUUCAAUGGUUUUUUUGCCUAACAAAUAUUGUUGUGUUAUAUUUAUAUCUUUGUUGUUAUGGAAAAAUUGCUUACCAAGAAGUACAAAUAAUGAAGAAGACCCAGUUAUUAUAACUGCUUUAUCCUACAUAAUUGCAAAAAAGAAAUUUUAUUCGGAGGAAACUGUCGGUUGUGAUAUUUUCCAAAGAGAAUUAAUCAACUUGCUUUCUUGUCAUUUCAACUACACAUUUACCACAGAUUUGCCAACAAAUUUAAUUCAACAUAAACACAAACCUGAUUUUUCCGUUUCCGUAGUCAUGUUUUUAAAAUGUUGUGAUCCUAAAGAUUUAGUAGAAUUCAUGGUCAACUGUCUAUUUCCUAUAAUUGAUAAUUAUCUGAAUACUCAACAAGAUGAAAUGUAUGCCAUAAAAAUAAUGGAAUGUAUAAACAUGACAAUGAAGCCAUUUAAGAUAACAUGUAAUGUUACUGUAGCCACUUAUCUAAAGAAAUGUAAAGAUCCAAUAAAUGGUGUUAAAAAAAAUGGAAAAGAACAUAUUUAUAACACUGUCUAUAAUAGUUACAAAAUAUUACAAAAAAAAUUUAUUGAAUAUCUGAAUAACAGCCAACCUCGUUCUCAAUACUUUGAAGAGUUGCUGAUGUCAAUAAUUUUGGUGUUAGGAUCUGUAGAUUAUCUUACCAGCUGUUUGAGUUUAAUGCAAUGGAAACCAAAAUUUGAAUUAUCUGCAAUUUUAUCCAAAAAAAUUAGUUUAUUUAAAUCAAUUUUAGGUCAUAAUAUUGUAUGGGAUAAACUGUGUGCCAUAGAUGACAUUAAGACAUUGAAGUGUUUGGUAAACAGCUGCUUGUUAAAUAAAGAUGUAUAUGAUACAAUUAUACAACUUCACAAUCUUCAUUAGCAAUUCAAAUAACCUGAUGACUUCAAAUAUGUUGAGAAGACUAAAUAACUGAUAAUAUCUGUGAUAUUUUAUAUUAUAAUUUUUUGAAUUUUUAUGGUAUAUAACACC